GACUCGACAAGGUUCCUUGUACUAUACGAGAAUCUUUAUAAAACCGUUGUGUAGUGAAGUUUCAUCCCACGAAUAUUAUCCCUCUUCAAUAAGAUGCCUAACAAGAUCUUGGUUCCUUGUGUUUACCAACCAUGAAUUAUUUGGUUCAACAUACAUUUUGGCGACUGGAAGUUUGAAAUACCACAAUAUAGAGGACAAGUACAUUUCAUUGCUACAUAAAAAUACUCAUUUGAUUCCAACAUGGCCGACGGUGACUCAAAAUGGCUACGCAAAGCCACUGAACUGGAGCGCAUGUUUGAAAUAGGACAUCAACUUCAAGUGUAUUUGACCCAAUAUACUCUCGAUCUGGCUUCCGUCAAACCCAUAGAAGAAGAGUUCCUGAGGAGAGCUCUAACACAUUUGUACAGGAAAGUCCCAGUUCUCAGGGUCUGCCUUCGCCUGAGGAACUCAGAAUUAUGGCUCCGGGAGAUGGAUGGAUGUAUCAUUGAUCUUAAGGUCAUUGAAGAUGGGAACCUCGAGGAAGAGAGUGACAAAGAGACUCUCCACAAGUACAACUCUGAAAGUGGGCCGCUGUGGUGUGUCAGACUCUUACGGAUGAAGGGGUCCUCUGUUGAUUUCCCCUACCACUAUUCACUGAUCUUAGGGAUUCAUCAUUCACUGUCAGACGGAACAACAAACGUCAAGAUUUGUGAUUUACUCUGCAGGAUCCUGAACAGCCUUAUGGGUGGUCUGCCUAUCGAUGAUGCAGAACAGCUAGGAGAACUUGUAGGCAAUGAAGUACUUCCACUUUAUGAACAGGAAAUGGCAAAAUUAAAAGAGAAUCCACAGUUAGGUAGAGAGAUACAAAAAGAGUUAGAGGAGGGCUCAAAAGUUCGCCCUCUGAUACGCCACAUUUGUGAGAUUCCAUCAGACGCGCCAGUCACUUCGAAGAAAAUCUCAGUUGUCGUUGACCCAGACUUGACGUCCAAAUUCCACAGAAGGGCAAAGGCAGAGGGUGUCAGCCUCCACGCGGCUCUCACUUCUCUCAUCAAUCUUAGUCUCGUAAAGCUCUUGCAAGAACACGGCAUUGUGCAAGAUGAAUACAAUAUCAGAGCUGGGCAUGACAUUGACAUUAGAAGGUACUACUCAGGUGAUGCAUCCAGGGUCAUUGGUGUCCAAGGGCCAAUGUUUGGAUACAGGAGCCCAUUUUUGGUUCCAAAGGAUUUGUUUCCAGUGUUCUGGAAUGUUGCUAAGGAAUUCCAUGACAAGCUACAUAAAGACAUUAAUUCUAGAAAGGUUUUAACAACGUCAGCUUACAAAAUUAUGACAGAGGACACUAACCACAACUUUGAGGAAAUGUUUAGGGCUGACGGGGAACCAGAUUACUACUACACAAUAUCCAACAUGGGGAACAUUGCUGCCCUGCUGUCAGAAGGGGGUCAGUACCUCUCAGUACAAAAGCUUACCAGGUUCUGUUCGUUAAGGAGCAGAGGGUCAUUCAUGGUUAUAUUUAUUCAUACAUUCAGGAAUAAGCUGAAUUUCACUUUUGCUUAUUCAACACGAUUCCUUAACCACGACUUUGUUCAUAGGCUCCAAGAACUCUUUCAGUCUUACAUGGCGUCAGUAUGUGAAACUUAGUUCUUUCCACUUGACUUACUUGCAAAGCAUAAUUUAGUAAGUUAUGGUUGGCUGUGUGAUGUGCAAUUAUAAGCUAUUUGUCCAUAUAAGGCUAUAGUUUUCUUUCUUGAGGUUUUAUUUUAUUCAUAUAGAGAUUAAUUCAUCUAUAUUUCAAAUGUCGUCAAGUUGACACCUUUUAGCACUUUUUCGUCAAAGUUCAGUAAAAGUAAAUAAAGUUUUCUCUCAUA